UUUGUUAUCAAUUCGUUGUGUGUGUGUGUGAGAAUUUGAGUGUAUAUAUGGUUGUUCUCUGAAAAAAAAAAAAAAAGAGAGGAAGGAAUGUCAUCUUCCAUACCACUAACCAGUUUCAACACUCUUCUUCAUAUCCCUUGGCACCACAAAAGAACACCUUCACUAUUUAAUAUCAAUAAUUACCAUUUAGUUUCCAGUAAAUCCACGUCAUCACACAUUUGCUUCGCGUUCAACAAAAGCAAUAGUGAAGAGCGGGAAGAGAGCAGGUGGCUGAGGGAAGAGCAGCGGUGGUUGAGGGAGGAGCAGCGGUGGAUUAGAGAGGAACGACGGUGGGAGAGUGAGAGACAAUCACUUUUGAGUCAAAUUCAUGAGUUGAAGCUACAAAUAGAAGACCUGAAAAAUGUAGGAGCAAGUAAUGAUAGUGUGGGGAAGUUGCUGAGAGUGUUGAAGAAAGAGGUGGGUCAGAUUGCGGACACCGGGUCGAGUGCUUCCCCGUUGGUUGUCGAGACAGCUGCGAUUGAGGAAGUGGUUAGAAUUGUGGAUGAGGUGAAGGCAGAGGAGGUUCAGGAAAUCAACAAGCAGGAGGUGAUUAUUAAUAAUAACAAAAAGUGGACAAUGUUGAGAGUUGGAUCAGAAGGUGAUCAAGUUCAAAUGCUGCAAGAGGCUUUGCUAAAACUAGGAUUUUAUUGUGGCGAGGAAGAUGAGGAGUUUUCUAGCUUCGCAAGUGGUACAGAGAGAGCCGUAAAAACAUGGCAGUCUUCCGUUGGUGUGCCAGAAACCGGAGUGAUGACGGCCGAGCUUCUUGAAAGAUUGUUUAUGGAGCAACAAGACAAGACUUCCAGUUCCAUGGAGGGUGCAAAUGGAACCGCUGCAACUUCUGUCACAAAAGCACCAGAAAUUCCUUCAAGUUUUGUGAAAGAAGAUCCAGAACCUUACGAGUCUGAUAAUCGAGUCUAUCUUCUUGGAGAAAACCGAUGGGAAGAUGCCUCCCGGCUGAAGAAUCGAAAUGGUCAAAAUCAAACUCAAACAGAUAGCAAAGGUGUUGUGACAACAAAGUGCAUUACAUGUCGUGGAGUGGGCCAUUUAUUGUGCUUAGAAUGUGAUGGAACCGGUGAACCAAACAUAGAGCCACAGUUUCUGGAGUGGGUAGGUGAAGACACAAAGUGUCCGUAUUGUGAAGGCCAUGGUCAUAUAACAUGUGAUGUGUGUGAAGGAACAGGAGUCGGUUCUGCUGCAUAAUACACACACACAAAUCACCAUUGGCGAUUGAAUUUUGAUCAGAUCAUACAUGUAAGUAGAAGCAACUUAGUGAUAAAGGGAUAUGUAGUUGAGACUAGUAUUUGUUGAGUAGAUUUAUUUGUUAUAAGUUAAAUUUGGCUAUUCGCUCAUAAACUUGGAUUAUCAAUGAAAGCUGUGUUGACUAUUUGACAA